AUGCAGGAAUCAAUAACAUCAGACUCCGAAUAUGAGUACGAGUACGAUGCGACCGAGACAGAGACGUUCUUCGUCAACAUCGAUCUAACCUCCUACAAUGGAGCCCUGAGACCGCCGCGCGGACAACCAUCCUCGUCGGCACCAGAAGAACAACUCGGCAGAACCGAAGAAGAAGCCGAAGAAGCCGCAUCACCGCCGAAUGAAGAGAGCGCAGAAGCGACAGGAAAACGCAAACGAGUCGACGCCGAUGAAUCUAUAGACGACCUCCCGGCCGAAGAUGAGAACGAUGAUCGAAUACAAAUCAUGGAACUGCACAGCCGGAAUCCAUACGUCUCCUAUCGAAAUCAUAUUUUCAGUUGUGAAUGGGCAGAUAUGAUUGGGACAGAUAUGCAUUUCGUUCGUCGCGAAGACUCGGAGCCGGAUCCGACAUAUCUCAAGCACACGGAUGGAUAUUCAGUGAUUGCCGCGAACCCGAUAAAAUUAAUAGGACGACGAGCGCAUUUUUCUCGUCCGUCUGCUACUGCCAACGGCGCCCAAACGAAUGAAUCUGAUGCGACACAAUCUUUGUCCGCGUCGAAUCCGUUACUAGCGGAUAGUAGGUCUUCUCAAGUCCGCUUCCUGCAAGAACUCAUGGACAUCAAACGCGAAAAGGGCGAGACGGACAUGGUGCGAAUGACAUAUGGGUCGAGACGUAAUCAGCAGUUUGAAAAUAAGAUUAGCGGAUGGGCUCGUACUGAGGAUCGGAUUAAUACUAUUCAUCGCUUGAACCGCGCGGCUCUUGCGGGCGAUCAAGAGGCGCUGGCCCAGUUGGAGGAGUUGUAUAAUCAGAUAGAGGCUAGUCCCUCGUUUGAUACGGCGCCAUCCUAG